AUGGGCAUUUUGAAGCUGCCAGUGGUUCUCAUUGUGCUCUGUGUUGCAUUAAACCAUCUGGAAGGUGGUGGUAAACCCACUGAAAGUCAUCAGAUGGAAAAGCGGAAAUGCGGCACUGCCACUUGUGUGACUCAACGCCUGGCAAAUUUUUUAGCUCCAUCAGGCAACAAACUUGGCACCAUUUUCUCACCUACGAAGAUGGGAUCCAAUACAUACGGCAAGAGGAAAAAAGCUGAGAUCUUAAAGAGAGAACCAUUGAGUUUCUUGCCCAUUUAG